AGUUGAACUAGAUUUGUGCUAUUCAAAACAUAGUAUAUAUUGAAUAAUGAUAAAAUAAUUAUCUCACUGCUGUUUUUUGUUACGGUUUGCGGUUACAUUUUAUUAAUAACGAAAAAUGAACAGCGGUGAUGAGGAACAACUGAGAAGGUUACCAGAAGUUGAGAAGAUUCAAGUGUACGGGGUAAGAUGGUUAGUAUUGGGACUAUUCGUUUUAUAUUCUGCAAUAAAUGCCAUGCAAUGGAUUCAAUUUUCUAUAAUAAAUGAUGUUAUUGUCAAGUAUUAUGGAGUGUCUUCUAUGUGGGUGGAUUGGACUUCCAUGAUUUAUAUGGUUUUAUAUAUUCCGUUUGUUUUUCCUGCUAGCUAUUUAUUGGAAAAAUUGGUAAGUCAUUAUUUUUAAUAAAAUACUAUAUACUCAUUAUCGUUAUUUUUAAUCGUUACUUUAUUCUUGUCAGCCUGAUUGUAAACAUCGAUACCAUUAACUGUUGACUAGAUUUCUAAGUGUCUUGACGUUUCAUUUGGCAUGAAUCAUCCUUAAAUUUUCAAUACCCAUGAGUGUUCCCAAGCAGAUAUGUGAAAAUUACUAUAAUGAACUGUGGUCGUGUCAAAUGUGAUAUUCACUCAGAUGCCAACUGGGAACAUCAAUUAAAAUAAUACCAUUAACACCGCAAAGGAUUUAUUUUGUUCCCCUUUCUUGCUGUGGCAUUGGGGAACCCAGUGUUUACAGCUGAUGGCUCGAGGUGCCAGAGAUAUCUUUGUUUUCUAUUUCAUGCGCUCACAGGUGCAGUGCUCUAGGGUUACCUAGUGUCUCACACAAUUUUUUCAGAUGACCAUUAAGACUAUAGUACCCCAACAAUAUCUCUAUUAGGAUUUGUAGGUUGCUCUUAUUUAGGUUGAUACAUUCAGCGAAUCUUUUCAGGUCAUAGUGUUCCAAGAGUGCUUUCGCCCAUCUAAACCUCUGUAAAUUGUCCCAGUAACUGGUUUUUACUUACACAAUAAACGAUUUGCCUAUUGAUUAGUUUUUUAAAUGUCUUCCCAUUUCAUUUGUCCUAAAUCGGCCGAAAAUUACUCAUGAAUGAUACAAAGCAGAUAUAUGAAAAUAAUAACCAACUGAGAAAAUUAAAUAAAAUAAUACCAUAUAAAAAUAAACUUUCAAGACAUCCUUUUUUUCCAUACGUAAGUAAAAUGAAUUAAAUUGGCAUCUUAGAAUGUUAGAUAAUUUAUUCAUCAUUGUCUGCUAUUAAAUAGAAUAACUACAACUUAAUUGCUCAUUUUAUGUAAAAAUGAUCAGUCUGCUUAGUUAUUGACGCCUGCCGAACAAUCUAGCGAAAGUAUCCCGAACGAAUCAGUAGCUUCAAUGUUAAUUGUACUCUGCUCAUGCACAUUAAAUAUAAAUAAAUGUUUAAAUGGUUGUUUUCUAGAAAUUUGGUUCAAAUUUAAUGAUAACGACCUAAGAAUAUUUGAAUUGACAGUGAAAACUAACAGUAUUGUGACAGUUAGACUUGUAUUGAAUUCCAUUAUUGUUUAUUGUUGAAUGUUUUUUUGCAGUCAAAGAAAAUUAACUAAAUAUAGUGGAUAAGAAAGAGAGAAUUAAUUCUGAAUAUAUGAUAUAUAUUAAGUGUGAAAUGGAAAAAUAACAAUCACGCAAGAAUGAUUCAUUUCACAUAAAAAAUAUAGUGCUUAUUUUGAUUAAAUUAGUGUAGCUAAAAUAUUGGGAAUAAGAAAUAUGUCAAUUCGAAGUGAACUUUUUAAGUUUGAAAAGGUUUUGAGGGCUAUAAUUCAAAUAAAAACUGUGUCAAUUACAAACAAACAACUAAGCAAAGAUAAGUAAAGAACGUAAUGAUUUUGGCCUUGACCUUGAUCUGAAUCGGUUUCAGUGACCUUGAUAUCUUAGUCUUCGCACACAAAACGUAGGUUUGUGUUAUCGGUCAUUUGUGAAACGGACAAUAAAAAUUCCAAUUCUUUCUAAAAAAGUUGAAGGUGGCUUAAAUUAAUCUCGAAUAUUCUCUAUCUAUAGAUAUUAUAUAUUUACUUUAUUUUCUUUCUUUAAAAUGUCUAGACGAUUUCUAGACCAAACCUAAAGCCUUUGAACAUUGUAAAGUAUGAAAGAAAAUAGUGGUAGAAUGGAACCCAUUGAAAAAGGAAAACAAAUGGAAGAAAAAAUAACGGGGGAUCUGACAAUGAUUUAUAUCUAUUUGCGGCAAAUUUACAAGUCUAAUGGAAAAAAGUUAAUAGGCAAAAGUGUAGGGUCUUCGUAAAGCUGUGAUAAUAGGUAUGUUAGGAACCUGUAUUGGCUCUUGGAUAAAAGUGGGAGCAGUAAGUCAAGAUAGAUUUUAUAUAGCAUUCCUAGGACAAACUGUUGUUGGAUUUUCUCAAAUUUUUGUACUGUCUGUACCUGCUAGAUUAGCUGCUGUAUGGUUUGGACCAUCACAAGUUUCAUCCGCGUGUAGUAUUGGAGUAUUCGGAAAUCAGUUGGGUGUAGCUCUUGGUUUUCUCCUUCCGCCAAUAUUUGUGAGUUCAGAUUUAACUAUUGACGAAAUGACACAUCAAUUCUAUGUUAUGUAUAUAUCAGUGGCAGCUUUCACAACCGUUCUUUUAUUGGCUAUUCUUUUAUUAUUUAAAGAUAAACCACCGAUACCUCCAUCGCAUGCUGCACUCCAACAAGAUUCAGACGACGGUGGUUUCAUGGACUCGCUAAAAACUUUGUUGAAGAAUAGAUCUUUCAUGUUGUUGCUGAUGGCGUAUGGAAUUAACGUUGGAGCUUUUUACGCAAUAUCUACACUGCUCAAUCAAAUUGUGUUAAGUUAUUAUCCCAAUGCUUCAACAGAUGCUGGCAGGAUUGGUUUGGUUAUAGUUGUGGCAGGCAUGAUGGGAUCAGUGUGUUGUGGGAUUGUCCUUGACAAAUAUCACAAAUUUAAGGAAACCACCCUUAUUGUAUAUGGCUUCACACUGAUUAGUAUGGUAUUAUAUACAUUUACAAUAUCCAAAGGGAUAUUGGUAGUUUAUGCUAUGUCAGCAUUACUUGGAUUCUUCAUGACAGGCUUACUUCCAGUAGGCUUCGAAUUAGCAGCAGAACUGACGUAUCCAACUCCCGAAGGCACUUCGGCGGGUCUUCUCAACUGCGCAUGUAACGCGCUGGGUAUAAUUUUUACCAACAUUUAUUCUUUAAUUUUUAAUCAUGUUAACGACGUUUGGGCAAAUAUAGCUACAUGUUUAGCUUUAGGAAUAGGAACUAUUUUAUUGGCUUAUACAAAAUCAGAUCUCAAACGACAAGCAGCUCAAAUUGAAAAGAAUAGUAUUUAAACUUUUUCUGUUAGUGAUAUAUGAAUUUUAAAAAAAAAUUAUCACGGUAUAAAAAACUCUGCUGGCAGUAUAUUGACAAUGAAAAUUUAUCAAGAAUUUUUUAUUUAUUCCAAGGAAACGGGACACUCAAUUAAUUGUGCUCCAAAUGUAUAAGAAAGUGUCUAAGUUAUAGUCGAUUAUAUUUUUGAUGCAUUGAUUUACGUCUAUAGGAACACUUUACUAACAAUUAAUAUUGGAUGUUCAAAAAAGACAAUAAGUUGGAAGACUUUGCUAUCGUAUUUUUUCUAAAGAAUGUAUUAGACUUGACUUUUUAUUCUCUGUCAACUGAUUAGACUCAGUUAUCCUUUUUUAGUACUAUGUGAUAUCAUUGAAAACAUUGAUUGUAUUCAUUAUUCUGUAUUUUGGCUGAACCUAGUUUCCAAACUGUUUUAUAUUUUCAUUGAAAUUAAAAUGGUUUCCCUUUCUUACAUUUACUACAUAUUUAAAAGGAUUUAGUUCUCAUUUGAACUAUAACGUUUUCUGUAAAAAAACCAAAAAUAUUCUGAAUAAUCUUCCCAAUCAAUUCUCUUUAAAUUCUGCGGUAUCUAUUUCAAAAGAUCCGCCAGUUUUUCCCUCGCAAUUUCAUCCAUAUAUAUCAUGGAAAGAUGUGGAGAAUUACACAAUAAUAAUAGGAUUAUCUUUAUAUCUAUAGGGGUCUUAAAGUGAAGGCUUGUCUUUAUUUAUUUCGAUGGAUUAUAAAAUUGGAUAUAAAUUAAAUGACUGUCAAAUGAAGAAUAUGUGGAAAAAAGCAUUCCAUAUUGCAUAAUGGUAAAUUGGUAGAAGAGAAAGUGAAUCGAGAUUUUAGUAGCUAGAGAACGUGAAAAAAACGCUUAAACGAGGUUAUAUUAUAGUAUGACUUCUCAGAAACAUGAGCCAGUCGAUUACUCAUAUUAUUAUUAUGAACCGUACAUCAAUCAAUCCUCAUUGUAGCUCAAAUUAUUAGAGCUUUCAUAAAAUGAUGAAUGAUUGACUCGAAUACUUAGAGUCUGAUAAAAAACUGAGCUCUGUCUUCACAUUCUACUAGCAUACACGUGGAAAAAUUAAAUUUACAAAUAUAAAUUCAACUACUUUUAUUACAAAUAGGUGACACAUCCAGCGAAGUUUUCUAUAUCUUGAUCAUUACUUUUGGUAUUGACCAAAAUAAAAAAAACGAGAAACAUUUGUAAAUAUGUGAAAAAUAUAUUUUCAACACAGUCGCUACCCAGUGGACAUAUUUUUAAUUUACCAAGAAAGACUUACUCUUAUAAGUUCAUAGGUCGGUUAUGUUUUGUAUAAAUUAUAUGGACACAGUUUUUGUUAAUUUGAACGUCCAUCUUAUAUUUCUCUAGCACGUGAUUGAAAAUUAGCAAAAUAGUUUGGUUAUGUGUUAAUAAAUGUCGUCUUUAACUUCAUGUUGCUUUAGAACAUUCAGCUGAUGAAUAUUUUGGCCUAUUUAUUAUAUUUUAAGCAUACCAGGUGUGUAAAUCCUCCUAAAUUCGACAGUGGAUUAACAACUCCGAUAUAGCUAGACAGGACAUACCUGACGCAUAGCUUAUUCGUCUGUGGUUGGGAUUAGAAAUAUAGCAAAUAAGUUUUUUCACCAAAAAACUUGAAUUGCCAUGUCAGAGGUCAUUAAGAGUUGAUAAAACAGCAAAAGAAAUGACCGAGCCUAUACAAUACUGGAAACCCCUCUUGUUAAGACAUUUUGUAAAGUUUGCUGUGUUCUAGAUUUUUUUGUAAAACAAAAUUUUAUUUUUUCUUUAUCUUAGUUAGUAGCGAAAGUGUUAAUGUUUAUUUCUAGUCUACUAUACAGGAUGUCCUUUGUAGUUUUGACAGUCCAAUUUCUCGCAAAUUGUUAACUUGAUAUGACUUAAAUUUGGAUGCUUAUAUUAUUUAUAAAAAGACUCGACUGUUAUCAUCACAUUGACGUAUAGGUGCUCAAAAAUGUCUCGUAGCAAUUUCGAGAGUAGUUACUUGACUAAUAAUCUAUGUUUAUCUGUGGUUACAUUUUCGAUUAAACUCUCGAUGAAAUUGUCUUUGUUUUUUAACAAUGCAAAUAAUGCAAAUAAUUUUUGAAUCAUAGUCUAUCACAAACAGUGCAUGCAAUAUCAAAUGGACUAUUCUGAGGCCUACUUUACUACUACAUGGAAGCACCGGAAAAUUUGAGGCAAAGAAAAAAAAUUAUUUUAAAAGAAAAAUAGUAGAAAGCGACAAUUCUCUAUUUUGGUUACAAUACAAAAUUUAUACAAUCGCGUAUGGAACAGUUAAUUUGUUCAAAUAUUGAUUUUAAUUUUUACUAUCGAAGAUGAUCCAAGAUUGUUGUUUGUACAAUUAUUGAUAUUUAUUUUUACCGCCGAGGAAGACAUUUUUUGCUCAGUUUACUCCUCCUGCUUGAAGGCUUUUUAUACGUUGAUUUUAUUGGAAUUGGAAUCCUCUAUAUUUCAUCCCUCGACGAUUGCUGAGGACUUCCAUCCUCCAUGUUGUUUUACUUACAGAGUAUCCGCACAAGAAAAACUGACAUCUUUUCAUCACAAAUAUAAGCAUCUGAAGUGGUGAUUUUUUCAUUUUUAUGAAAUGAAUUGUCAAACAGAUAGUAGGACUAUGAAAAGUGAAUAAUUGUCAUACUCAUAUUCUGAUUUAUAGUAUGACGAAUUUUGUUGGAAUAGAUUUGAUAUAUCGAUGUCUUCCAGUAUCUAUUAGAUUUUAUAAUUGUUAUAUAAGUAUGUGAUUGAUAAAAUAAAUUUAAUUUAUAUUUACAUAUCGUAGAAAUUUUAUUAAUUGUGAAUUGACCGAUUUCAUACAAUGAAUUUAAUGUAAGUUAUUGGAUUAGAAAAAAUAUUUUGGGAAUGAUUUAUGUUUUAUUCAAUAAAAAUUGAAUAUAUUCAUUUUGUUUUCCAAAAUUUGCUUUGCUUUUUGUAUUACUAAAACCAUUCUAAUUCAUACGAAACCUGCGUAUGAUGCAGAUUGUUAAUGAAAUGUUCUUCACUUCAAAAUUAAUUUUCAAUCUUUUGGCAAUACGUGAUGGAAUUUUCCAACUUACAGUAGACCAUAUUCCUUGAUUACUCGCAUUUAUUUGAUCGUUUUCAAUUUCCUGAAUUUUUGUAAAUAUUCUAGUCUACAGCUCUUUCCCAUUCUCAGUCUCGUAAACUGAAAUCCGGUCCAUAAUGAAAAUUUGGUACUUGAUAUUUAUAAUUUUUAUUCACACAGGACUAUUUCGGUUAAACUUUUUUUGUUAAUAACUACUAGUAAAUUCCAUUAUUAGUUAUCACUCUUCUACCUUGGGGGCGCUACAAAACAGGCAGGAAAAUUAUUAAUACCAAAUGAGCGGAAUAACUACGAGGGUAACACACAUAGUACAAACAUCAACUAUUCCUGUCUUCAUCUGGUUGCGUUUAUCUUUUAUUGUAUUUGUUUUCAUUAUUUUCGUGAAAUAAAAAUCAGAAUUAUUUUAAAUUUUGAGUAAAAAUGUCGAGGGAAAUUUUGUUUAUUAUAUUUUUAAACUUCAUAUCUCAUCAUGAACGAUGAGUUAAAGUCCAGGUAAGCUGGGAUUUUGCACUAAUGUGAUUUUAAGCAAAGUGAAAAUCUACCACAAUAAUAUUUUUUACCAAAAAUCAUUUUUCAAAUGUUUUUUCUUUCUAUAAUAUGUAAUAGUUUACAAAUUUUAAUGUCAUACGACAAUAAAUAUAUACUGUAUUUUCUGGUUAUUUAUAAAAUGAAAUGUUUAAAUAUUUAUUGAAAUUCUUUAUAUUUUAAACAAUGUGCGAAUGUUAUACAAUAAUAUAGUAUUAAGUAUACACAUCUCCACGGGAGCACAAGUAAAUAUUUGUUUUAGAAUGGCUCUGAGCCAAAUGAAGUUAUAUGUGGAAAGAUAUUUAUUUUUUUAUUUAUAAUUAGUUGUAUGUAUCCAUUGUAUCCUGAUUUUGUUUGUAUGAAGCCUAUUGUUGAAUUAAUGAUAUUGUAGUCAAAAGUUCUAGAAGUUCAAUAUAGUGUUCAAUUCAAUGUAUUACUAGUACAAAAUGUCUUUUUUUAGAAAUAUAACGUACCGAUUUUGAAACUUUUGUCGAUAUUAUUGACAAUAAAAUUUAUAAAACAUAGAAAAAUUCUACAUGUUUUUAAUUGGACGGUAUUAUGCAGAAAAAUUCUCUUAACAAGCUUUCUAAUUAUUGUAGAAACCAGACAAUAUAUUUCACUAUAAAUCUUUAUCAGUGUAGAAGAUAAAAUAUAUUAUGACUGGGAAACAGAACUUUCUAUCUCAUCUAUAUAUAUAGUUCAUUCUUCAAAUUUUCUUCUGGAAAAUACUUACUUUCGUUGUCGUUAAUUCAUACCGAGACUGACCUCUACUUAAUCCACUUUACAUUGUGGAAACUUCUAUAUUCACUACUUAAACAAUGUUUUGUUUGCAUCUAAGCGACAUGUGCUUCCAUGACUACAUCAUAUUCAUAUUUGUAUAAAUUUGAAGGGCAUAUAUGAUACGAGUACCUUCAUUAUGUGAAAACAUUUCUUGAUUGUAUUUAUUAGAACCAACUUACUAUAAUGAAAAUUAAAGAGUACAUUCUUCCACAUCCUAAGGUGUAGUUGUAUGGUAUGGAAUGGGAAUUGUGAUGAUUAUUAUUAACAUUUUUUUAUUAUAAAAAUGAGUAAAGCGAGUGCAUAAAUUCUAUCAAACAUAUAUCACAUAACUACUCCAUUAAGGUUUUCUCUAGAAUCAGAAUUCUCACAAUCUUAUUGGUUUUAUUUAAAAAUUUUGCUUACUUGGAGAAUUCCUCUUAACAGUUCAACUAUAACUAUAAUACAUAUUAUGGCAGAAAAAGACUGUUUUUGCAGAGAUCUGAAUUAAAUAUUUCACUAUUUGGAUACUCUUGAAUAUAAAAAUCAAGACUACAUUAAGUAUAUGAAGAUCUAAAGGAAUAAAAAUAGAUUUAUCGUCAACAAAAAAAGAAUUUCUAUUAGUAAAUUUAGAACAAACUAUUCCUGUGAAAAUCCUGUGAAAGAAUCGAUGAUUAUGUUUAUGAACACAAUAAUGAAGACGGUUUGAAAUCUGAGAAAAGAUAAAUGACUGUGAAUUUAUGUCUAGUAAUACUCUAUCUUUCUAUCUAUAAAGGAAUGAAUUCCCAAAGCUACCAAAUCUUUUUACAAUUUCUUAAAGCUGCAGGACCAGGUUAUAUUUGGCUCAAGAAGAAUUUCUUGUGUUUGUUAAUAAUAUGUAGAAGGUUUCUCGAUGUGUAAAAAUGAUGUAACCUACUUCAACAGACUUUAUUAAUAAUGUCACAGUUUUUACUAGAUUUCAACAAUUUGUGUAAUUGUAUAUUCUAAUGUAUUUUAAAGUAUCACGAAACAUAAAACAAAAGUAUAUAAAUCAAUAGUUAAACCCAUAUUUAUACAGAAAAAAUUGACAAAACAAGAUGCAAAGUAAUAAGAGAGGAAUUGAGAAUAGUGCCCAUAACAACUUAAGAAAAACAAUAAUUGAGGUGACAUCAACAGGGAGUAAAAAAGACAUGGCGAGAAAGAUCAGUACAAAACAAAAGAGACGGAGACUAAAAAAUUAGGAUGAUACAGUAUCAGUAAAUCCGAGAAGAAGAAUGAGAAGAAGUAAAAAAAAUUGGUACAAGGCAAAAUGCAAUGAGAAAAAUGCAUACAAGUGUGAAGUAUUAAUUUUAACAUCUUAUAAGUUUAUCUUGUUCUUCCAUUUGGAUUAAAACUUUAACAUUUAUUAUCUAAGAACUGAGUUUUUGUGGAUUUUACGAUUUUUGCAUAAUACCGUUCGUUAAUUGUUGUAAAUAAUAAAAUGUUUCGUUGUAAAAAUUAGUAAUUAGGUGUAUUUUUAUAAAUCAUCUGUUGAAAUAUAAAAAAAGAAAAUUUGAAAAAAAUUAUUUGCUGGGCAGUCGACCUGCCAUUUAAACUUUCUCAGGCAGCUAAGUAAUUUAUUGUGCACAUUGGUAGUAAUUGAAUAAAAUUUUUUUAUAUCACCAAAAAGAGUAUUCAGCUCUUAAUCUACUGCCUCCUAAAUUGUAUCUUAAUAUUAAGAAAAUUCCGUGUAUAGGACGCCAUUUAUACACUAAAAAGAGUUUUAUCUGUAAAUAAACAUGCUAAGAAAGUAUGUAUAGUAAUUCUAAGAUAUAUGUUUACCAUAAGUUUUCAAUGUAUUUGUAUGAGCUUUAGAACACAAUUUUCCUAAUUUGUAUCUCAUAUGAGUUGCCUAAUUUAUACCGGUCCUUUAACUUUUCUAAAGAUCGAAUUUUAUAACGAGAAAAUGCUUUUACCGCUUAGUAAUUUGUGAUAUCCAGCCAUCGAAGUUGAAGACAUCUGAAAUAAUUAAAAAUUAAUAGAGUAGCGACAAAAUGUGGUUCUCCCAUAUUCUCGCAUAUUUCUUCUGUGCAAUUUGAGGUGACUUCUUUGACUAGCUAUGGGAGUUUCAAUAGAGAGAAUCUUGAUGGAUUUUUUCAGAUGUUCCAAAUAUUUGUUGACAAAACUAAUUUAGAUGAUACCGAAUCUUUAAUACAUUCCUAUGAUUUAGAAGAAAAUUCAAAAGAUUCUUGACAAAAAAAGGUAAAUACCGGAAGGUAGCUUUAUCCAAUGAAGAAAUCAUUGACGAUACUGUAGGGCUGGACAGUAUCUUGCGACAAUAAUUAUAUUCAAGAAGAAAAUAAUAAUCUCAGAACUUCGCAUGGGUACUUCACUUAGUGGUUUGAUGGGGAUUUUAGUUACGAGGUUAAAAAUGGAGUACUAUUAGUAUAUUACAAUCCAAGUCGCUUCACAAACCUCAGAGCCGUAAAGUUUGCCAAAAAACCGAUGAUGAUGCUACAGUUUUUUGGAUACCCAUAUUAUACAUUGGAUGCGGCCUCUUGAUAUGGCACUUCCAGGUAUAUUACAAUUUUGAGGUGACGAAAAGUGGAUGACCAAAUACUUAAACUUAAUUGCUAACUAAUUUCAUAUCGUACAAAUUCCUAUCGGAAUUAACCACAAUGCAGGAACAAUUUUGAAUGUAGUAUAUGAUCAUUGACAGAAAUUUCUAUUUAAAUUUUUCAAUGCAGAUCUUCUCAAAUAGUUUGAAAAGGCGUCGGUUGAGAAUAUUUUUCUAGGAAGCGCUCACCCUGCUUACCGUAAAAAAUGUCGGAAAGAAUCGAAAAAUGAAUGAGGUCAAAAAUCACACUGUUCACACCACGUGCAAGUGUGGGGUUAGUGUGAAUAUCACCAAUUGUUGAAGAAAGUCCAAUUUAAUCUCGAGUGUUGAUAUCGAUAAUAUAAAAUGAGGAAUUGGAAGUUAUAAAAUCUAAACUAUCAUCAAUGGUAAUUGACAUUGGCUCAUAUUCACAUUUACUAUCUACAUUAGAAAAGCAUAAUCUUUUAUGUCUGUCAUUGAAAAUGAUGUGUACUGUCGAAUAAGUGAUGUAUGGUUGAAGAUAAUGUAAAAACUGUUAUCACGAAUGUUUUCCGGUAGUACUCUUAGAUUUAUGACAUUAGUGCCUGAAAUGUGUGAGACAAUAAGUUUUUGAUCCAAUAGAUUUGAUGUUGGUUUUUAAAACAGUGGAAUACAAUUUAUUGGCUUAAUAUUUUUGUUUUGAAUCAAAAUUAGAAAACCAAAUACUUCGAUUAGAAAAUACAAUGCUUGAAUUAGCAAAGGUUUAAAAAUAAAAAGCAGUAUUAUCCAUUCUAAGAGGAUGCAUAAAUAUAAGAAUCAACUGAAAUUGAAAACACUCAGGCUGUUAGAAUCAGCAGUUUCGGUUUGAAAGCAGUUUUUGAAAAGUGAAACAAUAUAAUUUAAAUAUUAACAAACACUGUAAUAAUCGUAGGAGAAGUUACUAGCAUAGAUGGUUUCUUGGUUUUAUUCCGGAGUAUUUUUAUGUAUUUCUCUUUUUUGAAUAUGUUUGUGUGCUCUUUAGACAGAAGUUACAGUCGAUUUCAUAGUUCCCGUUAAACCAAACAGUAAAUGGUGUAGAGACUCUGUUGCCUUUCAUUUACUGAACAAGUGUUACAUUACAUAAUAUCCUUGAGGAACCAAACUUAUAUCUUAAACACAAACUUAUAAGAAAGCUACUAUAAGAAGAAAUGAAUUCUCAGUAUGAUAAUAAAAUAUUCGUCAGUAACUUCAAUUUCAUAUUAAGAAUUAUUAUUCACUUUUUUGUUUGAUAAAUUAUAAAACGCUUUCCUAAUUAUUUGAAACUUUAAAUCGGAUAAUAAGCGUGUUCAUCAGGAAUGAACACAUAAGCGCGGGCCAAAAUGUCUACCGGGGUGGAGAUUCUAUGUUAGGGUCACACGAAUUUGUUUUGAGUGGAGUUAAAACAUUUUUUUGAAGAAAACAUUACAAGUGACAUUUUAAACAUUAGGUCAAAGUUAAUAAUAGAUAAUAAUAAUAAUAAAUUGUCUUACUUACUUACAUGCAAAAAAUUUGUGCCCUGUAUAAUAUGUACGUAAUUUUUAAAGAAAGUUAAUAUACUUGCCAUUUUACUAUAUUUGCAAAAAACAAACAUUAGAGCUUAAAAAAAUGCAUGCGGGAUUUCUCAACGGGGCGGAUAAAAAAGGAAAGGGUCGGAUUCGGCCCAUGGGCCGGCUUUUUUGUACUAAAUAUACAUACAUAGGUGUUUCUUAAUUGAUAAAUUCAAUCAAUUUUGUUUACAAGCUAGCAAAGAAAACGACAAUAUUUGUGCCUUCAUUUUGAAAUAUGUGUGCCUCAGCAAAUGUACAAUAAAGAUUUUCGUUCAUAUUGUAUGAUUUUUUUUAGUACCUAGAAAGUAUAUUUAUGAGUUUUUGGUUAGGUAUAUUUAUAUAUUUAUACAUCUCCACAAAUAAAACUUCCAAUAGAAAACGAUAGCCCGGCAAAUAAUGAAAAAAUAUUCACAAGUACCCUUUCCUGACAGAAACAGUAUAUAAAUGGAUUCAAUUCUUGAUAAAUAUGAUUAUAUCUGUGGUGAAUAUUCAGUAUUAUGAGGAACUAUUGUAUAAAAAUAUUUAUUACUCUGUUGUAGAUAUAUGAGCCGAGUAGAUAUUUUGUUUAUACUUGAUGAGAAUAAAUAAAAAUUAGAUCGAA